UUUCCCCGUCUCUGAAACCCCAACUCUCCCAUUUCCUCCGUCUUCUUACUGUAAAUCUCUCUCAGAAACUCCAAUUUCUUACUCCAAAUCUCUAUUUUCUUACCCCAAAACCGUUUUCUGAAACUCUAUUGAACCCUUAAUCUCCAUUUUCAUACCCUAAAUCUCUAUUUUUCUUACCUCAAACCCUCUUUCUGAAACCCUAUUGAACCCUAAAUCUCCAUUUUUCAGAUGGCAAUUACACCUGCUAGCCGGAAAAGAGGAAGAAAACCGAAGGAGGAUGAUCCUCCAGAACCUAAGAGGAAUAGAACAUCGAUUAAAAUCAGAGAGCCAGAAGCAGUAGAUCUAGAGACCAAAUCAAAAGAGGCGAAAACAGUCAAAGGAAAAGGUAAAGAGGUUCUUGUUGAUUUACCAGACAAGAAGAAGAAAUCAACAAGUAAAUCUGAAGUUAGAAGACCAAGGAAGAGAACAGAUGGUCCGUUGAAGAAAUUAAAGAGUGUGAUAAGUGAAGGAAAGAAGAAGGUUGGUUUUAAAGAUGAUGAUGAAGAGGAGGUUGCAGAUCUAGUCAUUGACAACCCGGAGGAAGCCGUAGAUGAGGAAGAAGAAAUUGAAGAUGUCCCUGUGGAGAAGAUGAAGAGGAAGAUCAAUAAAUCUGAGCAGCAGAACGAAACUUGCCGUUUAAUUGGUGAACCGGUUCCUAUUGAAGAGGCUAAACAGAGAUGACCUCAUCGUUAUGAUGCAGCAAAGAUAAGGGAAGGUGGUGAAGGUUACCUGCAUGUUAGACGGCACUUCACUAGUGCUGAAGUAGAUGGCGAGAUUUACCAAUUGGGUGACUGUUGCCAUAUCAAGGCUGAAGAUGGAGAGCCAGAUUAUAUAGGAAGAAUCGUUGAAUUCUUCGAGACAACUAAGAAGCUGCCAUACAUAGCUGUAAAAUGGUUCUUCCGAGCAGGAGAUACUGUCAUCAAAGAACACUCUUACCUUAUUGAUGCAAACCGUGUACUCUCUUCUGACUCUGGAGAUGACAAUCCACUGGAUUGUAUUCAAUCUAAAAUUACUGUUGCUUAAGCAUCCUUCUUGGUCCCCGGCUGUCAUUAUUAUUAUGACAUGUCCUACCGCAAAGAUCUUUGUACGUUUGAAAAUCUACCAACAGAAAAUGGGAAAGAAGCUAGUACUUCAUCCACUGCAGUUUCAAGGGAGGGUUGUUUGAAAGUCUUUGAGGAAGAUAUUGCUGAGCCUGAUAAAGUUAUGAUGCUUCUUGACAUGUAUGCUGGUUGUGGUGGCAUGUCCACAGGCCUGUGCAUGGAUGCAGCUGCAUCCAAUGUGAACCUUGUCACUAGAUGGGCUGUAGAUUUUAACGAAGACGCUUGUGAAAGUCUUAGCUAUAAUCAUCCUGAAGCCGAGGUGCGAAAUAUGAAGGCCGAGGACUUCCUACAUUUGCUUUAUGAGUGGAAAGAUCUCUGUGCUCGUUUUGAUUUGUUGGGGACUGAUUAUAACAAGACAAAAAAACCAACUGAGAAGGAAGAAACUGAAGAAGAGGCGCAGAAACGUCCUCCAGAUGAAAAUGGAGAAUACGAAGUUGAGGAAAUCAUAGGCAUAUAUUACGGAGUUAACCCCGAUACAGAUGAAGGGGAUGCUGCCUUACAUUUUAAGGUAAAGUGGAAGGGGUGGGGAUCAGACUGGGAUUCCUGGGAGCCUUUUUCAGAGCUCACGAAAUGUGAGGACUGCAUUGAGGAAUUUGUUACUGCUGGAUACCAGUCUAAUGUAUUGCCUCUCCCUGGUACUGUGGAUGUAGUAUGUGGUGGACCCCCCUGUCAGGGGAUCUCUGGGUUCAAUCGGUUCAGGAAUUAUGAGGAGCCUCUAAAGGACCCUAAGAAUUAUCAGCUUGCUGUGUUUAUGGAUAUUGUGAAGUUUCUUCAGCCGAAGUUCGCUCUCAUGGAAAACGUAGUAGACAUUAUGAGAUUUGUGGGUGGAACGCUUGGUCGGUAUGCUAUAGGAAGGCUUGUCACAAUGCAGUACCAAGUCUGUCUCGGUUUGUUGAUAGCUGGAAGUUAUGGCCUACCACAGUUCCGUAUGCGCACCUUUCUUUGGGGUGCCAAAAUGACAGAGAAACUACCUCAAUUCCCUCUUCCUUCCCAUAAGGUUAUUGCCCGUGGGUUUAGCCCUAAGAAGUUUGAGGUAUGUAUGCAUGUGAUUAUCCUAAAAAGAAUUGUUAAACGUAUUUGUAUUUAUCAAAUAAUUAUUCUUGCUCGGAUGCAUUGGUUCUUAAAGAUGCAAUUUAUGAUUUGCCUGAGAUUUUCAACACAUGAAAUCCAGGAUGAGAGGGACUAUGGUAAUGGUAUUCCUAAGACGGACUUUCAGAAGAUGAUUCGCUUGCCAAAGCACAGGGGCAAAUUUCAGGAGGGAGUGAUAGUUGUGGAAAACAAGGCGUGGCGUGAUCGGAAGAUGGUCAAAGUAAUGACUGAAAGAUCUAGAAAGCCUUUGGUACCCGAGUAUGCCAUAAAAUUUGUCAGGGGAACUUCCAAAAAGCCAUUUGGAAGACUCUGGUGGGAUGAAAUCGUGUCCACCUUUGUGACUCGUGCCGAGCCACAUAACCAGAUAAUAUUGCAUCCUGAACAAGACCGGGUGUUGUCAAUAAGGGAAAACGCCCGUCUUCAAGGGUUUCCAGAUUUCUAUCGUCUGUUUGGUACAGUGAAGCAGAGAUACAUGCAAGUUGGAAAUGCAGUCUCUAGGAUUUUCUCUAGCAAAGGCCGUAAACAAGACUUCUGGCAGUGGACAGGUUUUUGAACUCCCUCCAUCCUUCUCAAGAUAUGAACAAGAUUAAAACAGUUAAAGUUUGACUUCUGUAAAAAGGUGGUUUGCUGAUGACACCAUAUAACAAUUUUAAUGAGGAUUUGAGUCAUUCUUAUGGGUUUUUGAUCCAGAAACACAUUGAUUUAUCUCUUUUGGUGUCUCUUGUAAUGCAAUCUCGAGCAGCAGCACAUUUAGCUCUUUAGUACUGUAACUUUUGGAUCUACUUUCUUCUGAAGUGAAAUUCAGUUUUUCA